AUGACGGCGAGCAGCCACCCGCCACACCACCGGCCUGCCGCCGCGGGGUCCAUCCCGGCGCUGCCGUACGAGAUAUGGCUGGCGAUCCUGCGGUACUUUGAGCUGCGGCCCCUCGAGUUUGGUCGCACAAGACCCGACUCCGGCUUCACUGCGCGGCGGUCGGUCUUGUGGUCGCUGUGCCUCACCAGCCACCGCCUGCUCGACAUCGCCAGGCCGCUGCUGUACGCAAAUAUUGUGCUGCCGCUCGACGGCUCGAAUCCCGGUGCCCGUCGUUGUCUGCGCCUGCUCCGGACCGUCUCGCAGAACCCCCGGCUGGGGAGGCUUGUCGUCAGCCUGGCGGUUCCUCUUCAGCUCUCGUUCGACGCACGAUGGUGGGAGACCUCAAGAAGCAUUCUCGCGGUCAACGACGUCCACGGAGACCACCGGCAGCUGUUUGAGAAGAUGCACCUGUUAACGGAGGAUGCCGCCGUCAGGGGUCACCAACAGGCCGUACAGCAGAAACUAGUUGCACUGCUCAUCUGCCUCUUGCCAAGUCUGCAAAGACUCCUCGUCCACGUACCUUUCACUGUCGACUCCUCGUCCAGGAAUCUGCAAGCGGCACUCCGCAUAUUGUUGCCUGACGAAGAUAAUAAUCUCAUAGACUCGCUCAACACAUUAAGCAUCACACAGCGACCGCCACCGACACAAACAGACGCAGCUAAUGAAGGUGGAAGCACUAGCCAUGGCAAAUUCGAGCCGCUACAAAGACUCGAUGUACUGCAGCUUCAGCAGGGACCUUCCCUGGACGGGCCGGUCCUCCUACCCGAGGAUUCCGGCGACGGAAACGGCCUCGAGGGAAUCCUACCCAUCCUGAAGCUUCGAGCUGGCAAACUCAAGCGCCUGGACUUGUCCGACCACUGUCUGCAAGACGUCAACACGAAUGACACAGCAACCAGCGUCAUCGCGCAGAUUACAGAGCUGAACCUCGUCCACCUCGACCAUCCUGGCGAGGCAACGCUCCUCCUGCGGUCCGCAAGGAAACUUGAGACCCUCUCCCUCAAUCUGACCCGUCACGCCGUCCCUCCAUCGCCCUCAACAUCGGCCGGCACCAACGACGACUACAACAUGGCAAUCCUCGAGCGCCGCGAUACCCUGCGCAGCCUGAGCUUCACGGCGGCCGACUUCGACCCCGUCGAGCUCGGGUAUCUGCUCGGCCCUCUCGGACGACUGACCUGCCUCUCUCAGCUCAGCCACCUGCGCUUCCUCCGGGUCGAGCCACACCUGCUGAUCGACUGGCUUGAGGUCAACACCUGGCCCAAGUUCCUCGACAACCUGCCCAAGAGUCUGCUCAAGCUGGCCUUCCGCUUUCAGCCGCGCCACGAGGAGCUCUGCCACAUAUGGGCCCGCAGCGGCAUCGGCGCCGCACUCGCCUCAGGGGAACGGUGGAGGAGAAAACUACCCCAACUCGAGGCGAUUUGUCUCGAGCCGUUACCCUACAUUCCGCGGGUUGCCGAGGAGCUGGCCGAGUCUCUGAAGAUGGAUGGCAUUACGCUGACUUGGAUGCACGAGAUAUGA